CCCCAACCUGGCAUCUGUGCAUGCGUCGUGAAUGCUUGCAGAGGCAGAGCCUUUGCAUGUAAAGCAGGGAACCAGAUUGCACGAAAGCCUUUGCAAGUACAGGUGUACCUACAGAGGCUCCUUUCCUGCAGAUAUUCAUGGUGAACAUACAAGUGCCAGGUGUGAAUAGCGCAUGACAGGGGAAUGGCUCCUCAGCGAUGGUCUGACAUGUGAGUAAGACUAAAUACGGCUAUUAACAGCCUCUUUUAGGAAGUGUCUGAUGAGCUAAAUAGAGGGUUUUCAAAUGAGUCACAAAGCUGCACAGAUGACUUCUUCCUCCCUCACCACUAAAAUGUGGAACCACUUGCAAGUAAGAUAAGGUUUAUAAGAUGGCGGUUGUACAGCCAUUAGCCAUCAAAUAUUUAUCGUGGCUUCCUUAUUUGCACAUGGAUGUAAGCGGUGGGGAGGGGGAAAUUGCACUUCCUGUAAUUUUCGCUAUACAAUGAAACUCUCUGCUUCCCAUUAAAAUCUUCAUCAGUAAAAUGAAUACUAGGUAGCAGUAGGGAAUUAAAGCUUUCAAGAUACUGUGUGGGAAUUAAUUGCACACAGCAUUUAAUACUAACUUGUAGUAUCAACCUUCUACACUAGAUGGCAAAAUGGUGCCAUUUUUCACUUCUUGUUUCUGUGCUACAUUUUGGAAUUUCUGUUUGUACACAAUUCAGAUUUCUUAUUCAUGGGCACAUGGAUGGCAUUAUUACAAAGUCUUAAUUAUGGGUUUUUUUUAAAAUAAAAAGCCCUCUUUCUAUCAUGUGCUCCUUUUAGACUUUGUAAUGCCCAUCACUUCACCUUCUUAAAUAUAUAUCAGAAAUGUGAUUGUUCCAUCAAACAUUAAUGGACACCAUUUAGUACUUGAAAUGCUUUGAAAAGGGCUUGGUCCAAGUUCUUAGGCUGAAAUCCAAGGGUAAAACCUUAAUUGGCUUUUGAUAUUAUGGUCUUCUCAGUACUUGGAAAAAAUGGUUCCACCAAUUUAUCAUACCUGUUCCCCACCCUCUUUCCCCCUACUACUCAUUGGAGGAAAAUAAUUAUAAUUUCGCUUUAGGCAACAUAUCAGACUUCAUGAAUUGAAUUCAUUCUAAACGUAGAUCAUCUGUGCCCAUAAAUACCUGCUGAGCAUCUAUUCCCCCGCAACCACACACCCCCAUUGCAUCUGACUCUUAUUGCAUCCUCCAGGUCCCUACCUGCCCUCCCCAUUACCUCAUCUCUAACUCUCAGCAAGCUGAAAACCCUGGAAAAUCUGGCUCUUUGGUUCAUUAUAAUUUUAUUAUCGAUAUGAUGGGGUCCCGCCCUUUUGUAUCCUGCCUGAUGUUGCAUAACCCAUUGGAGGACCAGACACAAAUAAGUGUAAUUUCAGAAGCACUGUUUUGAAAUGUUUAAGGCUAGGGCUACGAAUUAUACAACUGGCCCCUGUGGUGGUCCCUUUCACAGUGAUGUGAUCUGCAAGAAUCAGGUAAUACUUGCCUCUGAUGCCCCAAGUUAGCAGUUCAAGUUGAAGACACAGCUACAAGGGUGACCUGUGUGUGGAGUGGGCAACUCUGUCCAGGGCUCUGCAGUGUAUUUUUGAAUAUCAUAUGCACAUAGAAUUAUGGAUAGGCACCUUUCAUUGAUUGUCCCCACCACUGGCAAAAAAAUAUUUAUUUAGGAGUAUUUCUAUAUUCUAAAUAGUUCAGUAUUUAGUUCUUAAUUUGUGCAGAUAAUUAAGCUGGCUUGAAUAACGGCAGUCACUAAUUUCUCUCACACCAUUCUUUCCAUGCCAGAGUCAAGACACAGGAAGAAAGGAGAUAGAGGCAUUCAAACCCAACUUCUUAAAACUUCCUACAUACUAUGGUAGUAAUACACCAUUAUUCCCCAUGGCCCAUUUAGAAUGGGAAAAGCAGCUUUGGAAGCAGCAGGGGAGUGGAGGGAGUGGGUUAUUCUGCUUAGUCCUUUCCCUGCCUCCAAAUCACACAUCCCCAGUGGCUACCCCUGCCCCAGCUACUCUAAUGCUGCAGCUGGUGCAGAAUAUGUCAGUCCACCUUGUACUAAAAUUGAGAUAUUAGAACUUUACAACACUAGAUCUAUGUAUAUAAACUGUACUAGCUUCUAGGCGUCAUUAAAGUUCUGAUCUUGAUUUUGGAGACUGUAAGUAGUCUAGACCUAUUCCUAUAAGAAUCCCUCCACAUCUUUUGGAAAGGUCCUGAUACAUAUUUUUUGCUUAAAGAAGUGUGGCCCUGGACUUCCAGCCCAAAGUCCUGUUCUGACAGCACCACCACUGAAAGAUGGCAAAAAAACCCACAACAAAAACCCUGCUGCAGCUGUGUCAGCACACAGGAAGAGCUUUGCAACUCUCUCUUUAAAAUCAAAUGAGCCUUGAUCAGGACUGCUUCCAUAGAUCAAAAGUUACUCCUUGCAACUGCCUGAGAUCAUUAUUAUGGGCAGCAUAUACUCUGCUUCAACUCUGCUGCUUAAAUAAUUUUAGCUCCCUCUGUAUAAACCAACUUACGAUCCCAGUGAAAAAACAGCCAUGGCCCAUGAAACAAGUAGGAAUGGAUAAUCAAUUUUUAUCACUUGUAUUAUGAGUAGGACCCAUAGCUUUGGGUGAGUUAUUAUAGUUUCUCCGCUAGGAAUGGAUGUGUAUAGAUGUUUAAUCUCUCUUCCACUGCUACGUAUCAGCCCAGAUGGACAGGAAAAGAAAGCAAUGUUAGCUCAUACUGCAGCUUGUGCUUUACCCUGUGACCUUUAACCAGAGGUGCCAACUUGAAUAAAAUAUUGGGGGUGGGGCAAGGUAAGCCCUGCCCCGCAUAAUUGAUCACAAGACACGGUGCACACACACCAUUUGAAUGACGAUGCUCAUCAAUUUUGUGGGGGCUCGGUCCCUAGGAGUUGGCUCCUGUGACUUUAACCAUGGCAUUCUACUUUGCUAGGUAUUCACCUCCAUCUUCACUGCUUUCCAAAUAAAGUUAGAUCAGCUUAAGUAUCAGGCCUUCUCAGUCAACACAUGUCCUGACUCCACCCCAAGUCUCUAGGUGCUUCCUUUUCACAGACUGAGAGAUAGUUUCUUGCAUUAACACUUCAACACAUGGCAGAAAGAUCUAAACAAAUCUAUAGAGGGUUAUGAGAGUCAGCAUAAUUGUUUUUCCAUCUCAAAAACUUCUUUCCACCUACACCCCAGGGCAUACUGAGCUCCUCCCCAGCCACCCCACCCCACUGCUUCAUUUCUGCUGCUGCCUUAGCCCAGUAAAUCCCCAUCCUUUCCUUUCUAACAUGUGAUAAUACAAGUUGCAGUGAGAGCCAAAGGAACUCUGAAACAAAAACAUGAUUCACUGGAAAACCUUGUCUGCCAAUUUGGAAAUUAAUUUAAAGUGACUUAGCUAAACCCACAAGGGAAGUCAGUAGCACAGUAGAAGUCAGUGGCCACACUCAUGUUUUGCUACUGCAGGAUACCAACCCUGAUGUACAUAAUACAUACUCUAGUCCUUUUAUGAACUCCAGCAGGACUGAGUGCAAACUCAGUUGCCUCCUUCCCAUGAAUCUUCUAAUCUUGGUUCUUUUCUGCUAGGCAUUCAUUUUUAUUCAGUGCCUUCCUGAGUGAUUUUAUGGUCCUAGGUUAAUGCCGCUCAGCAUCAUGGAAGUACUGAACCAUAGGGCUUCUCCAGUUACUAGAAUGGAUGCUCAUUUUUUAUUUAAAACUACAUGGGUAAAAACACAGCUUCCUAGACUACCAUACUUCAAAAUUUCACAUUUUUCAGUGGUAAAGCAUACACAUUCUUUCAUUCAACUAAAUGCAGAAAUCUCCUUCAUUUCAAAGAGCAUUGCAGACUUUCUCUCACUUGGAGCCUCUCUGUAGCUUGCAUUACUGUCAUUUAUUUUAUUUUGUGAAAGUCCUUCACUGUGCAGCCCCACCCCAUGCUUCAGAGAGCAAGACGUCAGAAAAGAGGAACAGAAUGUAAUGUACUCUAGAGAAGUGCACUUACCAAUUAUAUUUAUUCAGCUGCAUGGGGAAAUCUCAGCAGUUCAGAGCAAAUGUUCACUGAGGUGAGUAACUCUGCAAACCAGUUUAGCUGGUGGGUCACAGGAGAGUUCCAAGCAUCAAGAGUAUGCUGUGCCUAUAAUAUUCAACUGAACAUUAUUAUUGGCCAAUGAAUGGGCUUAAACCCCCUAAGUAUGAUGAGUCUUUCUAGGAGAAAACUGGACACGAGCCAUAGCCUUCUUAAGUCAGGACAAGCCCUCUAUAAACCACACAAGAAUGGAUAUUAUGGUGGGAGGAUAAUUGUGGUGAAUAGCAUACUGUGUAUUUAUUAGAGCUGAGCCAAAAUUCAGCAGGUGACAUUUUUCUUGGAAUAUGUUAAAGAUUUUUCUUUUUCUCCACCCAAUAGAUAAAGGCCACUUUCUGCACAUGCUCCAAACUCAAAAAUUUGUUCAAGCAAGUAACAUGUAGCUAGCGGAAUUACAUUUACUUACUUCAUCUGUGCAUGUAAUUCUUGUCUUCCCCUUCCCACUCUAUAAAAAUCUUUGUAUUUUGGCAUUUGGCUUUCUAAGUUUUAGAAGGUAAUUUUAUGCAAUUUAUCACUAGAAGCUUCCCCAUGUUCUGCAUGGAUGUAAAGAAGAGUUUGGAUUUGAUAUCCCGCUUUAUCCCUACCCGAAGGAUUCUCAAAGCGGCUAACAUUCUCCUUUCCCUUCCUCCCCCACAACAAACACUCUGUGAGGUGAGUGGGGCUGAGAGACUUCAGAGAAGUGUGACUAGCCCAAGGUCACCCAGCAGCUGCAUGUGGAGGAGCAGGGAAGCGAACCCAGUUCACCAGAUUACGAGUCCACAGCUCUUAACCACUACACCACACUGGUAAAAGCUACCCCUGCAUUAUAGGGAUAUUUCCUAAGAUUUUGCUACACUCUGCCUUCUGAGCUUUGGGAGAGUAAAACCCAAAGCUUCUCUCUUUGCUUACUUUUUUCUUAGGACUGGGCUGAGAAGAGGAGUCCUGGUCAAUAGGGCAGUUUAGGCUAUGGCAGGAGGUUCAUCCCAUCUAGGAGCAGCCUAUUGUAAAAAAAAUACUUUGAGAGGGGGGAUACUUAUACCAAAAAAGGGUUUGACAUUCAUGAAAAGUCCCUCUCUGGGCCAUUAUUAAAGUAAGCCAAACUAAUAAUAAUGUCUAUAACAUUUCUUGAGUUAACAACAUCAGAGCAGGGAUAGGUUUACAGUAAAAAUCAAAUAUCUUCCCUACACACAAAUGCUAUAUAACUAGAGCCAAGAUUGUGAGUAGCUUUGUAAUGGAAUUUGCUCCCACAUGAUUUUGUGAUGGCCACCAGCAGCGAUAGCUUUAAAAGAGGAUUAGACAAAUUCAUGGCGGGUAAGGCUAUUAAUAGCUAUAAGGCACAAUGGCUACACUCCACCUCCAGUGUUGGUGGUAGUAUGCCUCUGAAUGCCAGUUGCUGCAAAUCACAAGUGGGGAGAAGGCUGCUUUUUUAAAAAGCUCAUGUUCUGCUUGUACGCUUCCCAUGGCCAUCUGAUUGGCCACUCUGAUGCUGACCUUGAUCCAUCAGGGAUCUGCUUAUGUUCCUAGACCCAGUCUCUCUCCUACAUACUCUCUCCGCCUCUGGAUACCUUGGCUGUUGUUUGUGCUGGGCUGGCUGCUCCUCAGCCUUUCAUUUUUAGUCAUUGCCUUCCUUUUCUUCUCUAUCUUGCCCAUUGACUUUUCAGGAUAAUUUGUGGAAUUUGUCGCCACAAGAUGUGGUUGCUGCCUCUACCUUUGACAGCUUUAAGAGAGAAUUAGACAAAUACACAGCCCGUCUAUCAGCUCAGCAAGUAGUCAGGAUGGCUGCAUGUACCUUCUGGUUUCUGCAGCCUAUGUUUCUAAACACCACUUGCUAGGGAACAUGCCCUGCUCGUGGGCUUUCCACUUGUAUCUAAAUGGCAGUGGUCACUGUGGGAAAGAGGAUGCUGGACUCAAUGGGCCUUUGGCCCGUCACAGCAGCGCUCUUCUUUCUCCUGCUUUUGCUUCCGUAAGCUUCUUUCUUAUGCUUUUUUCUUCCCUCAGCCAUCUCCAACAGUCACAACUGCCGUUCUCUUUAAAAUGGUUCAACAUUCCUCCUCUGUGUCUGGCGUGCCCUCCUCUAAGUCAGGGAAAAGUUCCUGUUGUGUCAUCACCCUGACCAGGGCAUUGCAACUGGCCUCAAAGCGCAUGAACUGGUGCUGUGUUUUUACCAUGGUGAGUUGUCAAAAGCCAUUUCCCCACAGCAUUUUCAUUACCCACACGUUGAAGAACAAUAUUUUCACAGGCUUGGAAAAAUAGUAAUUUGAAGACUGCUCACGUGCAAAGCUUCCUACAAUUUAUUUUUUUGUAUAUAUAUAUAUAUAUAUAUAGAUUUCACACCAUUGCAAGCAGGGCCAUCACCCAAUUAAGAAAUCUUAGUCAAUUAAUCAAACGAAUUUAAAGUGAUUAAUUAAUCAAAUUGAUAUAAAUUUGCAUAUGACUUAAAGCAAUAGGUAUUAAGAAAAAGGCAGACUUUCAUUGUUUUCAGAUGAUGCAUGCAUGUGUCACCACAGUCACCAUCUCAAAAGAAGCAUUUGCUCCUGUGGGAGAGAGAAGAGGGAAUGCCUUUUCUAAGGAAGCACCUGCCAUCUGCAGUUUUUUAAGUACUUGUCUUAAUUAACAUUUUAAAAUGUGCUUUCUGAUUAAUUUAAGGUUUUGCUGUUGAAGUGUAAAGCCCUGAACAGCCUGGGAUCUGCUUCCCUGUGAGACCUCCUUUUCCAAGAUCAUCAUGUUCAAGCCUUUAGGUCAUCAAGCGAGGUCCUCUUGUGGGUGCCACAUGCCCUGGAAGUUGGUUUUUUUUAGUACCAGUGGAAGUCUUUAGUGCUGAAGGACAGGAGGGGGGAGUAUUAUCCCAUCUCAAAAAGAACUGAUCCCUAUUCUGAGUCCAUCUCCCUGCUGACCAGGAGAACCUUUGUAUUGUCUGCUUUAUUGUCGCCAUUUGCUAGCCCUCAUCCAACUCAUAAUGGCUUCCUUAGUAUUAGAUGAAAAGGAGAAAUAGUGUAGCAACCACCCAUUGUUGACAACCUAUCUGCUGGUAAAUUUGUAUGGUUAACUUCUUCGUGUCUCCUGUCUGCUCCAAUCAGCAGAAGGCUUGUCACACCAUUCUGGUUGAUCUGUCCCAGUAGUGUGGUGGCAAAUUUAGAAAUGCAAGGUCCCUUCAUGACAGUCACACCAUGCUGCCUCACACCCAUGUCUGAGAUUAUACGCUUUAACUUCCAGAACGAAAGUUUUCCCUAAAGCUUCCUGAGAGUGUAGUUUUGUGAUUUUUAAAGAUUUCUCAGCACCUUACCAAUCUACUCCCCAGAAAGCUGUGUGAGGAGAACCUGAGCUUACAGGGUUAAACAGCUCAGAAUGUACGCCCUGCCUACAGUUGGGAGGGGGGAGCUACGUCAGUUCCGAGAGACUAAAGUCUUUGUUCUGUCUCUCUACUUUCGCUUUUGAGGAGAGAGGACGUGUUUCACGAUGCUGUUCGCUGUGAUAGAUAAUGGAUAGCCUGCUGUAAAUAAAACUGCUUUUAGCUGCCAAGAACCUGAGUGGACUUUAUUUAAGUACACUGAAGAAUGCACGGGAGUGUUUUGCAG